GACGAAGAAGAAUGACGAGCAUGCUAAACGGAAAAUAGAAGGAGACGAAGUACUGCUCGGUGAACGUUAAAUUAACGCCGUUACCUCAAAAUAUUACCAUUGAACUUAGCUGCAUUGCAUUGGCUAAAGUAUGACAGAGCCUCAGUCAGCGCUGUUACUCAGGAGACAGCUUGCAGAGAUGAACAAAAACCCAGUGGAAGGAUUCUCAGCAGGCCUGAUUGAGGAUAAUGAUCUCUACAGAUGGGAAGUCCUCAUCAUCGGCCCUCCAGACACACUGUAUGAAGGUGGUGUGUUUAAAGCUCAUCUGACAUUUCCCAAAGACUACCCACUCAGGCCACCUAAAAUGAAAUUUAUCACAGAUAUUUGGCACCCUAAUGUUGACAAGAAUGGAGACGUAUGUAUUUCUAUUUUGCACGAGCCCGGAGAGGACAAGUAUGGCUAUGAGAAACCAGAGGAGCGUUGGCUGCCUAUCCACACAGUGGAAACCAUCAUGAUUAGUGUUAUCUCUAUGCUGGCAGACCCAAAUGGUGAUUCACCAGCCAAUGUGGAUGCUGCAAAAGAGUGGAGGGAGGACAGACACGGUGCAUUCAAGAGGAAAGUUGCACGUUGUGUACGAAAAAGCCAAGAGACUGCGUUUGAGUGAUAUUUAGCAAGGAUCUAGCUUCAUGUUUUCAGGGUCUCCAAUUGAAAAAUCAACAUGGCACUGUUUCCUGCACUCUUCCACCCUGUCGCCAGGCUUGUCCUCCUUAAUUUUGGCAGGAACAGACUGGCUACUAUAGGCUGCAAUAGAACAUAACAGUGACUACCAAGGCUGACAGAAAACCGCCAAGCAAGUGCCAACUCCAAAAAAACAACAAAAAAACAACAACAACCCAGAAGAUGAUAAAACAUUUUUCAAGUCUAUGAACUGCUUCAACAUUCAGGAAGAUAUUGUAAAGACAUGUAUAUAGCACAGACUAAACCGGAUAAUAUAUAAGCUCCCUCUCCAUCCAUCAAAACACUUAGACCAAAUGAAUAGCUCUGGCUCAGAUAGUUUUAUUUUUGUUCAUUUUCCCUCUCUCAGCUCCAGCAUGCAUUAGUUCUCUUUAGAGUGUUUGAGUCUUAAAUAGAAAGAGAAUUGUGACACUGUUGGACAAAUACACCUGCGGAGAGCUCGAUUGAUUCAAGCAGGAGAUGAGUGACGUGACUGGUGAAGGGAACGCCGCCAUAUUAGAAUACACGACAUCAUGUACCCGAAUGAUUUGGUUUUUCUUUAGCCAUCGAGAGUCUUACCAUCCUUCUCAGUUCACUUCAUUUUCUUGCAUGCUAAAUUUUCUUUAUCUUUUUUCAAAAGUGCCUCCUAAUAAAAUGCUUGGCCACUUCACCCUGCAUUGAACAAGUGUUAAAAAAUGUUGGGAAAAAAAAGAUGGAGAAAUUGUGUACCACUUACAUAUGACUUUAUUUAAAAGCCAGUACACAGGGAAUCUGUAUAAUGGUAACAAUUUGGUGUAGCAAUAACUCCCCCUAGUAUGAAGUGUUAAUUUUUGAUAUCCUGAUACAAUUUGAGGUCUUCUUCUCCAGUAUUCUGUUCUUUUAGCAGCCUCUCUUUUCCUCGUCUGUGUUGUCCUCGGUAGGAAUUGUUAUGCAUGCUUUGUUGUAAUUUUUUUUUUUUUGUUGGUUUGUUGUUUUUUUUUUGUUGAAUGUUUCUGGGGUUUUGUUUGCGAAUGUUUGAGUGUUUGUGUGUACAGUAUGUGUGCCCCUUUUGUUUUGUCCCCCCCCCCGAUCCACAAUCUCACGAUUAUUCUGCUCACUGAACUAUUGCAGUUUUGCCUAAUGUACAAAGACAAAAUACUGAUGUAUAUUUUUCAUGUUAUGAAACCUGUCACCUGUAGUGAGUUCUUCUAAAAUAUGACUUUUUUUCAAUAAUUAA